AUGGAGAGAAACGGAGCAUGGCUAGCUGACGGCGAAUACCUCAACUUCGUCAGGUCGCUCUCUUUCUCCGACCCGCGGCUCAGACAGCGGGACCCCAAGGCCACCACCCAGCGCAUCGCCUUCACCGACCACAACGUCAAAGUCGUCAAGCUGAGCCUGCACAACGGCAAGUUCACCAGGAAAGCAGAGUUUGACGAGCCGGCCCUGCUCGAGGCGCACCUUCUCAACACGGCCUCGCAGCGCGGCCGCCAGAACAUCUACAUCGUCGAGGGGCUCGGCCCGGGCUUUGCCAGCGUUCUGGGAAACCACUUCUCGCUCCAUCCGUCCUUCUUCGUGGAGCACGAGCGUGUUGUCGUGCACAACUUGAACUGGAUGGGCGAGAGCGAUGGCGUGCAGUUGCCGUCUGUCAUCCAGAGUCGGGGACACCUGGAAAUGAAGUACUAUGAGGUUGUGACUUUCGAUAGGAAACCUACGAGCUUCCGAUGGGUUUGCGCGGCUACUGGAAGACACAUUGGUGUUUCCAGAGACUUCAGAUGGGAUAACUCCCCUGAUGAGAUUGACAACUACCUAGACGUGGGUGUUGUACGGAGGAAGUGCGGCGUUUGGUCUUGGAGGACCGAAGGCGGCGGCUGGGACUGCCUCGUCCUCUGCGACCCGCCCGUCAAAAGCGUCAGGACAGGCGACCAGUACAGCGUCGAGCACGACGUCAAGACCUGGCCCUACCAAGGCGGCUACCUCGACUUCGUCCCAGAAGAAGAACAGAUCCGCGUCGCCCGGGAAGGCUUCUACCGCGGCCCGCCGCGCAUCUCCAUGCUCGAGGACCUCUCCUUCUACCUCGAGACGCACUCGCGCCUCGUCGACAUUGCAGAACCAGAAUCCGUUGCCAUCUUCGUCAAGAAGAUCGUCGCCUCCCAUUUCCUCAAGCAGACGGAGCACCUGCGCGCCACGCUCUCAGCCGUCCAGCGCGGGCUAACCCGCAAGCAGGACCUCGCCCGGAUGCCCAUGGAGAAGGUUGAGGCGUUGUGGAGCGAUAUGCAGGGCUGGGAGCGGCGCACGGGGGAGUACCUCGAGGACCUGGAGGGCAUCAUGCUCCAGCUCGGCAUCCCGCUGUCGCACCCGGCGGGGGCUCCGGUCGCCCCAGUAUCGCCGUCGCCGCCCCGCGGCGCUGUGUCGGCGGCGAGCAUCGCGUGGCAGGACUGCGCGGCCGAUUUCCAGUUCCUGUACCUCCGGUUCCGGGAGCUGCGGCACCGCACUGAGACGCUGAACGCCGCGGUCACGGGGCUGGCGAGCAUCACGGGCAACCGACAGGCGUACAAGGAGCAGCAGCGCAGUAUCAGCGAGGCGAAGCGGGUCAAGGCCAUCACGCUGCUUGGGCUGGUGUUCAUACCGCUGGCGUUCACGACAUCACUAUUUGGGAUGGAGUCGCCAUAUAAGCCGGGAGACGACCUGUUUUGGGUGUACUUUGUGACAUCUAUUCCUUUGAUUGUCGUCAUCUUGCUGGCCUACUAUGUCUUGGAUCUCGGGUAUAAUGACGAAGGAAGAGCAUGGUCGCUAGAAAACUUAGCUGUGAGGUUGGAUAGAUUGAGACGGCAGGAAAACAAGUUAAUAGAAGGGUUCAAGGAAGGUAGAGCGUGA